GUGUGUGCGCGCGUGCGCGUGUCGCUCGCGAGAAGCCGUCCGCGAUGGAGCUGGUGGCCAACGUGGACGGCCCGGCUUGCCGCGACGGCGCUUCGGCGGCGGGAUCCGGGGAGCUGCUCGAUUCCAGGCAGCAUCUGUAUUGCCGCAAGGACAAGUCGCUCGGCGUCCUCUGCUCCAAUUUCCUGAGGCUGUACAAUAGAGACGGCGUCGAGGUGAUCGGUCUCGACGAUGCUGCGCUCAAGCUAGGAGUGGAGCGGAGGCGAAUCUAUGAUGUGGUGAACAUACUGGAAAGCGUCGGCGUCGUGGCGAGGAAAGCGAAGAACCAGUAUUCAUGGAAGGGUUUCAGAGCGAUCCCCAAGGCCUUGGAGGUGCUCAAGGAAGAAGGUUUGAGAGAGAACUUCAACAGCUCAAAUUGCGGGGACUCGGCAAAGGUUUUUAACGACACUGAAAAUGAAGGGUGUUUGGAUCUCAAAUUUGAGAUGCAAGAUAACUCUUCAGCAUCGUCCAAAUCUGACAAUAGGAAAGAGAGAUCUCCAGCUCCUCUUUCUGCAGAAAACAGGAGAGAAAAGUCAUUGGCCCUUCUUACUCAGAACUUCGUGAAGCUUUUUCUUUGUUCCAAUGUGGAUUUGAUCUCUCUUGAUACUGCUGCUGCGGCAUUGCUAGGUGACAACAACAAUUCAACAGCUAUGAGAACAAAGAUCAGACGACUGUAUGACAUUGCCAAUGUUUUUUCAUCCAUGAAUCUGAUUGAGAAGACACCUCACCCUGAAACUAGGAAACCGGCAUUCAGAUGGCUAGGAUGGAGUGAAAAAUGUGGGAAUACUGAUGCUAAUUCUUCAGAGCUGAAUCAAUAUAGGAAGAGACUCUUUGGCACUGAGAUUACAAAUCAAACUCUAAAGAGAAGUAAGGUGGAUUCUUCGAUCAAUACAAAAUCAUGUGACCCAGUAAAAAAGGUGGUUCUCGUCAAACAAGAUUCAGAAAACAAGCAUGAAAGGUGUGAACAAGAGUGCCAUUCAGACAAUGGCUCGAGGGGUUAUGUAUAUGGCCCAUUUGCUCCUGUGUGUUUGCCCAAAGCAGUAAAUUUUGCACCAAAGUCUGUGAAGCAGGAUUAUGACUGGGAGACACUUGCAUCUACUCAUCGUCCUCAAUAUCAUAAUCAAGCUUUGAGGGACCUCUUUUCACAUUACAUGGAGGCAUGGAAGUUAUGGUACACUGAAGUUGCUGGGAACACAAAGAUACCACAAGUGUCCUGAUCACUCGGUUCCUUACAAGAUGAUCAAGUACAGAAGAAUACAGAUGUUUAACCAUUUGUCCGAGGAUUUGUUUUUAGUUCCGGCUCUUUGAUACAGUUCCCUUAGAAGAGGACGACGGAUAUGGCUUCUUGUUGGAUCACGCUCUCGAUGUUCCAACUGUAUAGUCAUAAUUUCGCUGUUUCUAACCCAUUUAAAUCUAAGUCUGGAUGUAUUUCUGUAACAUCCAGAUUAGCGGCAGGAUGCUGAUGCGUUGUCCAGAUCCAUGACUGGAUAAUUGUCCCGACAAUUGAAUGAACUAAUGCGAGUGUGCAGUUGCUGAAUGAAUUGAUCAAUUUUAAUGCUGUA